GCUCGGUGGCUGUGCGCGAUGGUGGCUGGGACCGAGGCGCGUGCCGGAGGCGCGGGGUGCCGGUGAGUGGUGCUGGCGCAGCCCCUGCAUGGCCUGGGGCAGGUAGAGCCGAGCGCGGGGCCGGCGCAGCUGGCAUGGCCGGCCUGGGCAGAGCCGGCGGGCGCAGGAGGCUGUAGCGCGGCCAGCCGGCCGGCAGCGUUGCCAUGGCGUUCACGGUGGCGGAUUACACCGUCUUCGUGCUGCUGCUGGUGCUCUCCUCCGCCAUCGGGCUGUACUACGCACUGAGCGGCGGCCGGCAGCGCACGGUGCAGGAGUUCCUGCUGGCCAACCGCAGCAUGAGCUUCCUGCCCGUGGCCCUGUCCUUGCUGGCCACCUUCCAGUCAGCCGUGGCCAUCCUGGGCGUGCCGGCCGAGAUCUACCGCUUCGGCACCGAGUACUGGUUCCUCGGCUGCUGCUACAUCCUGGGCCUCCUGAUCCCGGCGCAUGUCUUCAUCCCUGUCUUCUACCGCCUCCACCUCACCAGCACCUACGAGUACCUGGAGCUGCGCUUUAACAAGGCUGUGCGUGUGUGUGGCACCGUGACCUUCAUCUUCCAGAUG